UUGACUUUGUAUGGCGCAUGCGUACAACUUGAAUGCCGCUGACUAAGGCGUGUGUAGCACCUACUUUUUGUGAUUUACAUUCAUUUUUUUAAUUGUUGCCGUGACACUUGUAACUGCAUCCCAUUUCCAUUUAGGACACGCAAUCCAUGACGGAGUUGUUGCGUCAUGGCUGGCGUGUCGUUGAAAGAGGCACUGCUGCUGACCAGCCUGGUGGUGGCGUGCUACUGGAACAGCCUCUCGUGUGGCUUCGUGUUUGACGACGUCUCAGCCAUCCUCGACAACAAGGACCUGCGGCCCACCACGCCGUUGAGUAGCCUCUUUCUCAAUGACUUCUGGGGUACCCCCAUGGCAGAGGAGCGUAGCCACAAGUCUUAUCGGCCGCUGACAGUGCUCACGUUUCGCCUCAACUACCUGCUGAGCGAGCUGAGCCCAGCCUCCUACCAUCUCCUCAACGUGGCCCUGCAUGCCGUCACAUGCCUGCUCUUCCUUCGGGUGUGCCGCCUUUUCCUGGAACACACCUCCGGCUUGGUGGCAGCGCUCCUCUUCGCCGUCCACCCCAUCCACACGGAGGCCGUUACUGGUGUGGUCGGCAGAGCUGAACUCCUGUCAUCGAUUUUUCUCCUAGCUGCAUUCCUGGCCUACACCAAAUCAACUGGCGCCGACCACUCCAUAGUGUGGUCUCCCAUUGCUGUGACCGUUGUACUGGUGGCGGCGGCGACGCUGUGCAAAGAGCAAGGAAUCACUGUGGUUGGGGUCUGCUGCGUCUACGAGGUGUUUGUGGCGCAAGGGUUCACCUUACCCAUGUUGCUGGACACGCUGCGGCAAGCUCUGCGGGGCAAAGGCGCCUUCCCUUACGCCGUGCUCCAGAUGCUGCUGAAGCUCAUCGUGCUGGUCAUCAGCACGCUGCUCCUUGUCAUCGUGCGAGUCCAGGUUAUCCAGUCGCAGCUACCCGUCUUUACCAGAUUCGACAACCCGGCGGCUGUCAGCCCGACGCCGACCCGUCAGCUGACCUUCAACUACCUGCUGCCCGUCAACGCCUGGCUGCUGCUCAACCCGUCAGAGUUGUGCUGUGACUGGACCAUGGGCACCAUCCCCUUGGUGGAGUCUGCCCUGGACCAGCGCAACUUGGCCACGCUGCUCUUCUACGUCCUUCUGGCGCUGCUGGCAUACCACAGCGUUACUUCCUCACGCAGCUCUGCCAAAACGGUAGUCAUGGCCUUGUCUCUGGUCGUCCUGCCCUUCAUUCCCGCGUCCAACCUGUUCUUCCCGGUGGGGUUCGUUGUGGCCGAGCGAGUCCUUUAUGUGCCCAGCAUGGGGUUCUGCGUACUGGUCGCACACGGAUUCAAGGUGAUCUCGCACAAAGGGUACCUGAAGAAGAUUUCCUGGUUGAUGAUUGGCGUGCUCCUGACCACACACGCCAUCAAGACCUUCAACAGGAAUUGGGACUGGGAGUCAGAAUACACGUUGUUCAUGUCUGCUCUGAAGGUAAACAAGAACAACGCCAAGCUGUGGAACAAUGUUGGCCAUGCGCUGGAGAACCAGAACAAUUACGCCAAAGCUCUGCGCUACUUUUUGCAGGCCACCUCUGUGCAGCCAGAUGAUAUCGGCGCCCACAUGAAUGUUGGGAGAACCUACAAGAACUUGAACAAAUCCAAAGAGGCCGAAGAUGCCUAUUUAAUUGCAAAGUCCCUUAUGCCCCAGAUUAUUCCCGGUAAAAAGUAUGCGACGCGCGUAGCCCCCAACCAUCUCAACGUGUACAUCAAUUUAGCCAAUCUUAUCCGCGCCAACGAGUCGCGGCUGGAGGAAGCUGACCAACUUUAUCGACAAGCCAUCAGCAUGAGGCCCGACUUCAAGCAGGCGUACAUCAGCAGAGGAGAGCUGCUGUUGAAAAUGAACAAGCUGACAGAUGCACGCGACGCGUACCUGCGCGCCCUGGAGCUAGACCACGCCAACCCCGACCUGUGGUACAACCUGGCCAUCGUGCACAUCGAGAUGAAGGAGCCGUCAGAGGCACUGCGCAACUUUGAGCAGGCGCUGCAGCUCAGCCCCCGCCACAAACUGGCGCUCUUUAACUCAGCCCUCCUCAUGCAGGAGUCAGGUGAGCCCAAGUUCUGGCCCGAGGCGAACCGCCGCUUUCUGGCCUACGUGGAGGAGGAGCCGGAUGACGCAAACGGCUACUUCAACCUUGGCAUGUUGGCUAUGGACGCGGAGGAGAACGCGGAGGCCGAGCGCUGGAUGCACAAAGCCAUUGCGCUGCAGUCGGGCUUCCGCUCGGCGCUUUUCAAUCUGGCACUGCUGUACUCGCAGUCGCGCCGCGAGCUGGACGCGCUGCCCGUUCUGGAUGAGUUGCUGCUCCACCACCCGGAGCACAUCAAGGCCCUCAUCCUCAAGGGCGACAUCCUCAUGAAUCAUAAAAAGGACACGGCGGGCGCCAAAAACUGCUUCCAGCGCAUCCUGCAGAUGGACCCGGGUAACGUGCAAGGCAAGCACAACCUGUGCGUGGUCUACUUCGAGGAGCGGGACUUGCCCCGGGCCGAACGAUGCCUGGAAGAGACGCUGGCGCUGGCGCCGCACGAGGAGUACGUGCGACGCCAUCUUAACAUCGUCAGGGGGAAGAUGGCGGCCAUGAGCGCGGCCGGGCAGUCCCUAGUGGAGGAGGAGAAGCCGGCAACGGAGGAGGAGGAAAGGCGGAGUCCCCGCGGCAAGAAGAAUGCGAGGAAAUCCUCCACAGAAACCGGCCCGUCGAAGCUGGAUGCCGGCCAGCCCGACAGACUGACUGCGGCCAAGUCCGUCGAGCGGGUGAGCGACAUUGAGCAGAAGCGUGCCGCCGCCUUGAAGAGGCUGGAGGAGAUCGAACGCAUUUUAAGCGGUGAUUGACCACAUUUUGGGGUGGGGUGGGGGGGCUGUGACUAUUUUUCACUUUUUCUAUGACUUUUUUUCUCCAAAUUAUUCGUUUUUUUUUUUUUUUUUUCAGAUACACUAAAACCUCGUUAGUUGUGGGAGACUGAGUCCUUUAGGGAAAUGUGAAACCUGCAAGUAAUUGAUGUCCCCGUCCCCAAGUAAUAUUUACCUAUAUUAAGUUUUAACCUAAUAUUUACUACAAGUUAUGUUGCCACAAGACUUAAGUACCAUUUCAAACUCAUCUUUUGAAACUCACGUUACCAUUAAUAAUGGUUUUAAAAAUAUGCAACAGAAAUGCACGUGUACAUGCACAUCCGAUGACUCCUCGUGACUAUCAGCAAAGGUUCAACUUGGGUCCUCCCUGUUAUACAAAGCUGAGUUUCUCAGUCAAUAUAUUAUCACUUAAACAGACUUCCUUUACACCAACUACUACUUUCCUAUUGCACAGAACUUUGGUACCUCCUUGUGACUUCUUAGAGCGCAAAACACAUUUUCAGCAAUGGGCCUUUCCGAUGGCGACCUUAAGCAAAAUGGCGAUUGAACAGAACAUGUUUGAAGUCGAUUCUCUAUCACGUAUUACAGAAAAUAAUUGGGUAUGAUUUUUGCCAAAUGCGUCAGACCUUUCUACUGAGAGGCCUCAACUAUUUCACGCCAGGAUAUGUACACGGAAUUAAGAUUUUGGUCGGAGCUGGGCGCAAUGUCUGAGUUGCAGUGAAACGUUGGCGAUCGAUGCAAAAAAAGUUAGACGCCUCACAAACUUCAUAUUGAAAUCCAACAGGAUAAAAUAGUGGAAUCGGACUGCGCGUGUAAAGCAGGGUAAGUAGUUUUUACUUGGAAAGAUCACGAGUAAUAUCAUUGUAGUCUUUAUAAGUGUGUGGGUGUAUUCAUUUGACUUGGCUCGUAAUAGAACCCACUACUCUGUUUUAAAAGUCCGAUGUGAUACAAAUAGGUAAAUAAACAUUUCUCUUGCAUGACAUCGCGCAUUUACAUACCACUAACCCGACUGUUCAGGCAUAAAACAUAACACACUUCAUUCAGCAGGUCAGUGAUACCUCAACAAAGUGAACGAGGUUUUCCAGCAGUGCAUAAAGCACUGAUGAUAAUUCAAUCAAACUCAAAGAAGAUAUUUCUCCCUCACAUACCAUCAAACAUACAGCCUUGUGUUUGUUGAUAUUGUCCACAUUUAGUUGUACGUGGGGUCUUCCGCGAGCCUUAAUCCAUCGUAGACACUUUGGUCAACUGUGUUUUAGGCUUUGGAAAAUGAAUCAACCGGGACCCUUGAAAUCUUUCAUCAAAAUUGCACAUUCUCCAAGUGCAUCUGAGGACCAUUUUCUUCAUAACAUUAACUUUUCCAGGCGCACACUACUGACAACAAGCAUUGUUUGUGGGACAAUACAGCAAGAGGGGCGUGUCAAGCCAGAGGUUAAGACAAUGCGGCUAUCUGAUUGGCUAUUAUUGUACGAGUGAUUGACAGGUCGGAAAGGUCCAUUAUUAGCUGUGGAAUUGUUCCAUGGGGGGGGGGGGGGGGGGAGGAAUAGGUGAAUUUGUGAGAAGUGAAGUGCCACUACACAAGGAUUCACUGUACUUGAAUCAAAAAGGGAAAUUUAAACGUCAAGUAAAAGCACAUUGUUUGCAUUUGUUGUAGGGCCAUUAUGUGAGGAAAUGCAUGGAAUGUGUGCACACAACAACUAAAGCUGUAUAGAUCAAGCCCAAAAAUGGCACCUUUAGAUUUCAUCAAGGCGGGAGCUUCGUCGCACACAAUUUAGUGCUGACUUCAUUAGUUUUGUUUCAUAGCAAGUCAUUAAACUUCAACACCAAGCUUCAGCCACACACAAAGAUUUUGUUGUCCCUCCAUCUGUUUAGUAUCUGGUUCAAAUUAACUAGCAGUUGACAAAAAUCUUUUUGACAAGUUCCCCUAGAAACCGCUAAAAUGGCCUCUUCAAAUGAAAAUGACUUUGAGAGGCUUUUUGGUGGUCCUACUAAUUUAUUGAUACCAAAUUUUACGUUGCUCAGAGGAAUCGGCUUUGACGCAUGAAGUUUUCGAAAAACGUCUGGAGUGCACAACUGGACCAAGAGAAACUGAAUGAAACUCACGUGUACAGAUGAAAACUCAAUCUUUACGACUGAGCAUUAUCCAGCCGUCUAGUAUAAAUUUGGCAGCGAUCAAAUUAAACAACCACGAAAAAUACCGUAAUUCCAGGCCUACAAAGCGCACCCAAUACAUUUGUAAAGGAAGUACCAUUUGGUACAUACAUACGCCGCAUCAGUGUAAAGUGACCACAUUGAAACCCACAUUGAAACACGAGAGGUUUACAAAGAAAGACGGUAAAUAGAGAGUUUAAUGCUAGCGCCGCCAUGCUAAUGCUAACGUAAGCGCCGCGCUAACGCUAGUGCCACACUAACAGGGCCAGUUACAAAAGAAAACAUAUCAGUAAAAAUCACUAAGACACGGCAGUAACACGCUAGCACUGCGCUAACCGGUAAAAGUUGCUUCCUCGGCACAUAUAUUCCACCGGUCUCACUCUUAGCUCGAAUGUUCCCUUGCGGCCGUUAGAAAAAAAUGCACAAAUUAGCUGCAUCACCGCAUAAACCGCAGGGUUGAAAGCGUCUGGAAAAAGGUCUCGGCUUAUAGGCCGGAAAUUACGGUAAGUGAAAUAAUUAAAAAAAAAAAGACAGACAUUUUGUUUUUUUUUGGGCAUGGCCUCUUGAGUCCUUUCUGUGAUCAUACUUAUGAAUGACAUGCCUACCGUUACUCAUGUUGCUCAGUUAAACUGGCUUUUGGGGUGAAGGGCUGAGGGGUAUACUUCAUAGGUUCUGGGGUCCCUCUUCGAAAUGGAGAAAAGUUCUCCUUGCUGCAACAUGUUUGCAUAAAAGCGUCCACGUCAAUGGUCAAGAAGAAGCACAAGUUGGUCGUUAACCACUGGAUGUUGUUUUGUAGCCGUGUGACCCACUUUCUACACACAUGCACGCACACACAAGCACACACUAAGUGGGAGCACAAUUCCAGGAAGUGACCAUGAGGAUGAUGACGACGAAACCCUCCCCUCCCCCGAAUUGAAGCAAAACAUCCUCCGUUUUAUCACUCCUCGCUAAUCUGUAUUGAUCUCCUCCUGCCGCGUUUCCUGCCUUCCCGCCGUUGCCAUUAGCGCUAUUGUUGCCGCCCGUGUUAGCCCGACACGCUAAUGGGAGGGCCGUGUCGCCCACCUCCGCCACGCCUCACAGUGCAAUUCAUUGUAUAUGCGACACUGGAGGUUAAUUAGCAGCCCUAAAAGUGUUCAACGAUUGUACGUCGAGUAUUUAUUUUUGUUUUUGUAUGCGAACUGUGACUGCGCUCCUACCCCCACUCCGCCCCCCACUUUUACAUGUGCAAAAUGACUGUCAGUGUUAAAAUGGAAGGUACGACUUUAUUCCUUGUUUUAUGUCUCUCAAGUGACUCCAUAUUAUUUCUUAUUUUUUCACGAAUUUUAUUUCUGGUGGUGUCGGUAAUGGUUAAAUAAAAUGGGAU